AUGAUUCAUUCCUUUCGUUUUCAUAAAUCUAAUAUCUCAACUUCAUUCAGAUCUCAUUCAUCAUUCUACACUUUCAAAACAAGAAUCAAUCCAAACUUAUCUUAUCAACAACCCAUUCGAAAGAUUUCACUUCAUUCAACUCCAUCUAGAAAACCUUCAUGGAUCUUAACUUCUUCUAUCGGGCUUUUAAUCGCAGGUUGGGCUUUUGAUAAAUAUUAUUAUGCUGAAGCAGUUGCUAGAACUUUAAGAUUAGUUUAUAAUGCUUCCGUCAUCAUCUUGGAUUAUAAAAUCAAUUUCAAUCCUCAAAACGAUUCAACUGCGCUUCAUGCUAGAGUCUCAAAUCGAAUGGCACGUACCUGUACCAAGAAUGCUGGCUUAUACAUCAAAUUAGGACAAUCCUUAGCCAUCCAAGCGGCUGUUUUACCACCACCUUACAAAGUGGCCUUUGAAUCUAUGUUUGAUGCUUCUGAACCUAUCUCACUUCAAGAUGUUCAAGAUGUUUGGAAUCAUGAAUUUAGUGAACCGAUUGAAGAUGUGUUUGAUGAAUUUAGUCAUUCACCAAUUGCUUGUGGUUCGAUUGGUCAAGUUCAUAAAGCUAAACUUAAAUCGACUGGUGAAAGUGUGGCUGUAAAGAUUCAAAGACCUGCAAUACCCAUUCAACUCGAAUUUGAUCUCUUUGCAUAUAAAUCACUUCUCUAUGUGUGUGAAAAAUCUUUCGGGAUUCCAAUUUAUUUCGUUGCAAAAUAUGUUGCCGAUCAGAUGCGUCAUGAAACAGAUUUUGUUAGGGAAGCCAAAAACUCUGAAAGAACAGCUAAAUGUUUUGAAUCUGAUCCUACACUCAAGAACAGGAUCCUAGUACCAAAAGUCAAUUGGGAUCUAACCACCAAACGUGUACUUACCACUGAGUUUAUUGAAGGAGGAUGUAGAUUAACAGAAGAAGACAAAUUCAAAAAGGAUACUAUAGAUAAAAAGAGUGUGAUGGAUUUAGCCAUGAAAAUGUUUAGUUCAAUGUUAUUUAAAUUUGGUUGGUUACAUUGUGAUUUACAUCCUGGAAAUGUCUUGGUAGUUAAGCGAGAUGGAAAGAUGAAACUGGCUUUGAUCGAUCAUGGACUUUAUAUUCAACUACCAGAUAAAUUUCGAGCUGAAUAUUGUGAGCUUUGGCGGAGUAUCUUUGUUUUAGAUACAGGUUCAAUUCAAAGAAUCGCUAGCGGUUGGGGGAUUGCAAAUAGUGAAUUAUUUGUCCUUGCAUCUUGGUUACCUGCGCAUGAUCUGCUAGUGACCAAUUGUCCUUUCAAGUCUGGUAAAAAAUCUGGAUCUUUGAAGGAAGGAACACCAGCCAACGCACCGUUGACAUCAUACGAGAAGGAUUUGAAGAUUAAAGAUACACUUGUGGGAAUGUUAGAAAAUCAAAAGAUGAUUCCGAAUGAGUUAAUUUUUAUUAUUCGAUGUAUGAGGAUGAUGCAAGGUAACAAUCAAGUCCUAGGAAGUCCAUCAAAUCGGAUCAAUAUCUUGGCACAUGGAGCUGCAUCUGGAAUGAAUGCUUAUAAGGUUUUGUCUUAUAGUGAUGGAAGUUUUAAGGAAGUUACCAAGGAUUGGAUUAAACAUCUUGCAAGGGUUUGGACGUUUCAAAUCACAUUAGUCUUUGUUGAUUUAGGAUUUCUUUUGACAAGAAUACGACAAUGGUGGUUAAGAGAUGUUAGAGGAAAAAGAAAACGUGAAGGGUUUGAAGAUUUGUUACAGAGGAAAAUUGAGAUUUUGGCCAAAGAAGAAUUUGGAAUCACGUUAGAUGAUAAAGCUUUUAUGGGUUAA